GGUAUCUUAUCCUCGUAGGCGGCUUAUGAGCAGGGCUGCUGCCCGUGAUGGGUUCAGAUAGAAAUGCGCUAGAGCUCCACGAGAGUUUCGGCCGACGCGCGAACUCGGUCGCUAAUGCCGACCGGGUGGAGAAGGAGGCGUGGCUGUAUCAGCGGAUUCUGGACUUUUCGUCUUUUACUGUGCGCGCUGGCGCGCGCCCCGCCGCCUCGCACGGCGAGGCGCGCACGACCAAUGCCGCAACAGCGCCCCCCGCGGCCGCGAGCGCCUGCAAGGCCCGCUCCAUCCAACGCAUCGUCAGCCGACGGGAGCUUUUGCGCAGAUCCCCCCGCGCGGUCGUUCGCGGAAUCCCCGUGAUAUCAUGCCAGGGCCACGAUCCCGCGAGGUCGAAUGCUUCGCGCGGUUCCACGAGGCUCAUAUCGCAGCGGUGCCAGGCGACCCAGAGGUUGUCAAUCAGAUGGCGGGGGCAUGCUGCACAGACCGGGUCCGCAAUUCCAAGGGCCCAGUUCGCCUCGUGAUCUUCCCGCGAUCGCAUAUCGAGGCGGCGCUGUUUUAUAGCAAUGUCAGCCGCCGCGACGUCGACAUCAACUUCAUGGGACGUAUCCACACCAAGCAACAGUCUGCGAACCGCGCACGGCGAUGGAUCCUUGAUUUCGCCAAGAGAACCUUCACGAACGCGUCCCUUUUCCUGGACACGACUGUGCAGAAUCCAUCAACCUACCAGCGACUAGGCGCCUACGACAUCUCGGUCGUGGAGGGACAUGCCGCAGGUUUCAAGCCCAUGGGUGUCAUGGGCGAACAGCAGCAGAACCCCUGUGUCAUGGCGAAAUGUUCGACGGACUACUUCCACCGCCUCGCGCGGUCGCGGUUCACGCUUGCGCCCGCCGGCGACAAGCCAUGGUCCCAGCGUUUCUUCGAAGCCAUUCAUGGCGGGCUCCGUCCCGAUUCUCCAGUUGCCGCAACAUGCCGGGCGCAAUCUCGGCGAGCAGACGCUCGGGUACAAGUUCCUACUCGUCUCCGAGUUUGAAAAUCGGCUUCGCGCGAAUGAAGGCGUGGUGCCGUACUGCGGCGACUGGGCCCAAGACAACUUGGAUAUCUUUCUUCGCCGGCAGUCCUACAUCCAGCGCCGUCAGACCAUCCACGCAAACGUCGACAGGUGCCGGAGCGAGGCGUUCGAUUGAUCGUGGACUCCGGAUGACUUAAAAUAAUAAUACGAUUAACUUGAAA